UUAUCGGGUAACGUGUCGUCGGUGGUGCGUGAGGCGAGCGUGAACCCCAACCUAGUGCCGGGGCCGCCGUUCGUGUUCGGGGCGCUGAUGGUGAUCACGGCGCUCAUGGUCGCCGCCUUCAUCCCUGAGGGCAGCAGCAGCGCAGCUGCCGCCUUGGCUGCCAAGCAGCGUCGCCAGUCUGGAGGUCAGGACGUGUCCUAUGACAGGAGCCACAAAAAGAACAGCAGCCUCGACGCAGCUUCGUUGCCGCUAAUGGACGAGUCUGCUGCGCUAUAGCAUUAAGCACUGCGCUAGCAUUGCUCCACCUAAUUAACUCUAGGCUAGUGACCUCCUCCCUUCCUACACUUUGUCUCUGUCAUCUCCGCGUCUUGUGGAGCGCUCGAGUCGCCAAACUUCCGAAUGGGAACAAUUCAGAGUGAAAUAUUGUGCGUUUUAGUUUCCAUGACUUGAUGUGAUUUUAAUAGCCGUGGAGAUAUUAACGUGUGUGCGUGAGAUGCCCCAUGGCGUUGACAAUGAAGAACUACCAAGGGUGGCGCUGUGUGGCGUUGCCGCCAAGGACCUCGAAUAGAGCGUAGCUUUAAGUGAUGCAGCCUUUGUCGCUACUAAGAGAACAUAUGAUGGUUAUUAUUGUUACUUAGAGCUAAGUCUAAGUCCUGGAAAGUUUUGUUUGUAUGCUCGAAUCUUUGUUCGGAGUCUUGGCUGUUUCUACUGUUGUCACCGCCAGUAUUGUUGAAUUUUUUCCGGAACUUGCGAUCCCUUUCGCUUGAUGAUCAGUGAACCUUCUCAUAUAUUCCGUGGGAGGUUUGCUGGGCAAGCUGAAGAAAACAUUAGACUCGGAACAUAACGCGCGCGGGGACAUCUGUUUGUUGGUCGUUUUUUGCUGCAGGAAAAUAAUGUGUUCCAGAUCAUAACACUGUCGGGGAUGCGUUUCUCUCUGACAACAAGUUGUUAUUCUACUUAGCUAAAAUUUAUUUGUCACCUCGAUCGAUUACUUUAACCAAAAUUUGUUUCCUCCAGUUUCCAAAUCGUGACCCUGUUUAUAUGUCCUCACAGCUGUCGGUUACCCGCUGGGGCUUGCAUCUUCAGGUCGUUGUAGUUUAACAUGUAAAAUUCCACCGUUUGCUACUAAAGUCGCUUGCAUUCUACUACCCAGAGCUUAUGAUCACUUGAAUGUCGUUGAAUAAAUCUGUAUAGGGGCUUCGCAUCUCGUACUACGUCACUGGUUGCAUGUUUGCUUUGAUAGAACAAGAUCUUGUAGUGCAAGGUUUGUCAUAGUCACAGAAUAACUAGUAUUUUAUGUUUAGUUGCGGUAGCCUGGUCAACCAUUAGUGUCUAUUUUAGCCCAUAGCCGUGAAUUUUUUCUUUUUGAUUCUUUGAACUUGUUUAAUAGAUUUUAGUCCCUGAGAAGUGGAACGGGGCAAACCAUCAGUGACGUUUUGCACCAUAGCUAAACGAGAUUCUAGGCAUAGUUAAGGUGGUUUAGCUGCUGAAAUGUUUCCUUAUUGCUGAUGUACUUGAGUACCAAAAAUAUCAGAAUCACGGUAAAAGGUAAAUAACUCCGCGAACUCAAGUUACACAAACUACCUAUGUUUUUUUUUCUUAGCUGCCCCACAUUUAACACCAUUUUUCAACGAGCUUCAUAGAAAUAUUUUGCAUAGAUACUACGAAGUAUAUCAUUCUGUUCUAAUUACUCGACUUUGAGACUAGUCUGUCGAUAAGUGCUUUUUUUUCUAGUGUCAAGCAUAAAUCAAUGAAAGCCGAGUCCUGGGGCGAUCUAUGAUGAUCUUGCCCCUAUAUCUUCUGAUAUAAGCCGAUCCUCAAAGAUCUGUUUGAUAACAGAGGUUUGGGCGGAUCUUUUUUGACAUGGGUCGUCCCAUAUCUAUAAAUUGCUAUAUUCUUCGCGUCUUGAUUGUUAGUUACAAUUGUUGCUAAGCGAAUCUCAUCACUCUAAUCUUCCAAGUGGUUAGUUUUCCUUCCAUCUCCUCCCCCUGAGAGAUUUUAGGUUUGUCAUGGAACUUUUCUCCGCAGUCCGUGAAAGAUUCAAGACAAUUAAAACUUGUACAUUGUUAUCGAAAGAAGUGACAGAAAGUAAAAAAAUCUACAUUCUGUGGCUGUUUUCUUCGGCUAGGCAUUCUGUAUAAGUUCAGUUCUGUAAAAAUUUUUUUCAGAAGCAGGUUUCAUAAGGAAAAGUUUCGAUAAAUGAGUUCGAGUUCAUAUUUGCUCUCGGAAGUGUGUUCAAACAAGGUUAGCCUCUCAACUACAACAGCACGCGCUUAAUCAGAGCUACACUCUCAAUAGAUAUGAAUAACACACUCAAACCACGUACAUAACUAACUGGAACAGACUCGCUGUGGAAAUAAAUUUGAUUGUCACCGGGUAUUUCAGUUUGCUUCUUUGAUUAUAUCUUCCUUCCGUAAUUUUUUCCGUUUACGAAUGUUCUUUGCCUGUGUUCUCCUCCAUCGCACGGGUAGCCGGAACCACGUUUAGCUCUGUUUUAUCCAGAGUCCUUUGAUCUUGUUGGUAUGUGACGCGUGAAGUAAAUUCCCCCUACAAGUAUGGCUUUAAUUAAGAUAUGCGAGAUUAGAAUGUUCUUACUUCUUAUGGUGAUCAUUGGUGCGCUCUUCUUGACUUAAGAUGCUUGCAUUUACUGUAGGUAACAUAAUAUAUGACAGUGCCUGCUGAGAGCAGGUCUCUUCAACUCCAGGCAUCCUUGUCAGUACUUCCAUGUAAUUACGACGCCUUUUCAUAUUUAUCUCUGAUAAGAAAUUGUGUGGCUGUCAUGUUAAUUAUUUGCUUGAGGUCACACAGAAGUUUGCAUCAGGUUUUAAAUGACGGAUUUUUGUAUUUAUGCUCAUAAUUAAUUAUUUGUUUUGAAUUAAUAGCUGGUUUUAAAUUGAGAAAAUUACCGGGCAGCAAUCUCUUUGUUCAGGGAAGCAGUAUUAAAUUUGUGGCUCAAUGCCCAAGAUUGUAUAUGGUUGCUGCUAAGAGGUACUAACACAGUGAACGUAUUUUAAAAUUCAUUUAUUAACUUUUUUUGAGGAUUCAUUAGUUCUACCUCGCGAGGUAAAACAAAAUUGAAAAAAAUAACUUAGCACUACUCUGAUUUGGGUUUCAGUAUCUUUGAGUUGAUGUCCCUACAAUAUAACAGUAAAAUUUUUGAUAAAAAUUUAAACAGUAAAAAAUAAAUUUAACCGACUAAGAUGGCUCGUUAGUAUAAAAGAAUCGUAUACAUGACAGUCCUCUGAUGACCAAAGACUAGAACCACCACAAGAUCAUCAAGCGAGGUGCAGGUAUUGAAUGCUUUUGCUGGCAGAGUGCAAGUUUUGAAGACAUUGUUGACAGAAUUUGUGUGUUGUCGUACGAUGCUUGAGUUAAAACAUUCGCCACUGAUGAUCGAUUUUAUUUUGGUAUUCUUUCCCCAACCCUUCGAGCUCGCGGUUAACUUUGUAAUUAUUGUUCAUUAUACUCAUAUCCAUCACAUGCGCCAUCUUUCUGUCUGAUUAUAAAUUUUAUGUCUCAUUCAGGUGCUUUGCCCGAAUGUGUUUAAUUUCGUCUAUAAUUUGAUUACAAUUGCGUAGGAGAAAACUGUCUUUGAACUAGUGAAAGUAUAACACGCCUUCGUAUGAACAAGCGACUCGACACGCCUCAAACUUCGGUGGUAGAACACUAUUUAACUUGAAAAAUUAUCUUUACUGCCAGUUAGCUUGAAACUACUGUUAAUUAGGUUAGAUUUCCUUCCCAAUUUUUUAGUGCUUACCCCCAAUUUAAACUAUAUUCUAUCUAUCCAAGAGUGCUUGCGCUCAUAACGUAUCUUAUAUUUCCUCGUUUAUGUAAGAAGAAAUUUGUUCGCUGAACGUCAAUGCUGUCCUAAUAAAACGCCGCCCUAAAGACCCAACUUAGUUCAUGCUUAGUUCUGAUACCUUGCCCAGGCUUCGUUGUUAUUAGUGCAGUAGUUUACAGUGUAUUUGUAGGCUGAAUAUCGAGCCCACGUAGACACCUACUGCCGUAGUUUUAAUAAUACGACGUGGAGUGCUGUUCAACAUGUCAACUGAGCCUGCCAUGUCCACUUCGUGUUACUGUAGUUCAGCGCUCGAGUGUCUUCUCUUUUGUCACUUGUGUUCUAAUGAAAUUAAUUAGUAUCUUGUCAUUGAUACCUAUUUCCCUUGUUUGUUCUCUAACAAAAAUAUGCUCCCAUCGAAUGAACUUUCUUACUCUGAUCUAUUAUCUGUUUUUUUCGACUUCAUUUCAGUUCACAUAAUUUUUCGAACUCUUAAUUCGAGACUCGUUUCAUGUCUCGGGGAAUCCUCUCGCUGAAAUUGUUAUAAUUAAUAUGAGUUUAGUUGUAGGCGCUGCGUUUGCUUCCAGAGUGAUGGUGAAUGGUGAAGUCUUGUGGUUGUGAUGCGACUCGCUUAGUCGCUCUUCUAUUUCAUUUCGUGUUUAUUGUGAUGUGUUCACUGGCGUCGUGCCUGUUGCUUCGUCUCCGGUUUUCUAGAAAUAUUUCCCUGAGCAGUGGUAAUUUCGGAACUUUGCUAUACGCUUACUCUUGAAUAGGGUAUUUUUCUAGAGCUUAAGUGCAGGAAUAAAAUUUAGAAAGUCUUUACGUUUCGAAAACACAAAACCAGGUUCAUAAAAUAGUCCUACAUGAAAUAUUGGUUUCAUUAAAUUCUUUCAGUUUUAGGUGUUUUGCACUUCAAUCAUAUUGAUCAUGAGCGUAACUCUAAAAUUACGUCCGCAUUAUUUUAAUGAAAUUCUAGCGCGUCUUUACCCGUUCACUAGUCCUUGUAUAAUGUAUAUUAUUUAAGCGUUGAUUAUUUUGCUAUGAUUGUAAUUACGGAGCAGUUGCACGUUGCCAACGCCCGCAAUUAAGUUGACUGUGCAGUCGUACAGUUUGUGUAUAUUUUUUCUCAUUACUUGCUCGUUGUAAAUGAUCUGUUCGUUGUGUUAACUGGGGCGGGGAGCAGUUAACUUGACACCGAGCGUUCUUUUGGUAGCGCCUGUUAUAAACUUACUUUUCUUUGAACGAGUUCUGAACGAGUUAAACGAGUUUCCUUGAACGAGUUCAACGGGUUUCUUUGAACGAGUUUUAAAAGUUAGGAUCCGAUUGCAGGUUAAACUACCGAUUCUACAAUAUUGUUAUGUAUAUUUUCUAUUGGUGGCGAGUGCAUAGCAAAAAAUAAAGAGUAUAUAAUGGUGUAUGUGUACAAAAGCUCGGCGAUAACGUAUGUCAACGGCUCUUAUAGCUUACUGAGUGCGUAAUGGGUAUCUAAAAAUUAUUUCAGCCUCAGCGCUCCACAAGAAUAUCUCAUAAUACUUUGUCUGAUUUGAUCAGCGAAACGAGGUUGAUUGUGUAAUGCUGAUCUGAAAAUUUCAAUCUUCAUUUUUCAAAAAGUCCAUU